AUGAACAUGACCACAGAAACCACCACAUCAGCCAUAACGAACACCAGCACCACUACCACCAUGGCCAUGGCCAUGACCUCUACCAACUGCAAGAUCUCAAUGCUCUGGAACUGGAACACCAUGGACGCUUGCUUCAUCUCCUCAUCCUGGCACAUCACCUCCCCAAACAUGUUCGCCGGCUCCUGCAUCGGAGUCAUCCUCCUCGUCAUAUGUCUAGAACUUCUCCGUCGAGUUGCCAGCGAAUACGAUGCGUUUAUUAUCAACCGCGCCAGACUCAAAGCACAAUCUUUAGAUACUGAUCAACCCAGCAUCGCAGUCCCUAAUGACCUUUCCACAGACAGACCCGUCAAAAGACCCUUCCCAUGGACGCGAUCAGGCUCACUUUCAGCUCUACCUCCUGUUCCGGAGUUAGUAGAGGAGGAUGAACCAAUGCCUAAUGCGCCAGUAACUACAUCACAUCCUAGUAUACACCCCGAGAACCAGUCAAGAUUCAUCUUCAGACCAAGCCACACCGAGCAACUCAUCCGAGCCACAUUGCAUGUGUUGCAAUUUGCUGUGGCGUACUUUGUGAUGCUGCUGGGGAUGUACUACAAUGGGUAUUUUGUAAUUUGUAUCUUUGUUGGGGCGUUUGUGGGGUUUUUGCUCUUUUCGUGGGGGGAUCUUGGUACUAGGGAGUGA